CUCGAAUCCCCGCACAGCACUGCCUUGGCAUGACUGCCCUUCAAUGUCGUCCCCUCCCGUUUCGCGCCACUCACCGAGCCGUCUUCCGAAUCCCAGGCACGCCGCCUCCGUUACUCUCGCAUAGAGACGCGAAGUCGGAAUGUAGUAGCGGUAUUUCGAGGUGACGCAGCGACACUCGCCUAGCACGUCCUAAGCCAUGGAUCCUUGGGGCAGCGGGUCUCGUCCCAACACCAGCACCCGCACCGGCUCUCACACCUCCGCCGGCCUCUCCGCGCCUCUGCUGUACCCUCCCAUCGCACAUCCCAGCGCGCCCUCUGCUGCCGCUGCUGCGCGUUCAUCGGCGGGAGCUGCGUCGCCCUCCACCGACGCCUACGACCUCCAAGCCGCCCCCUGCGCGCCCUUCGCGCCUCUCUCCCUCGCCUCGCGGCCAUGGCGCGACCGCCCGUGGCGCAUCGCGUUCCUCGUGCUGGCGUCGCUGGCGCUGCUCCACGCGGGCCGCCUGCUCGUGCCCGCCCUCCGCGCGUCCCCCGCCCCCUCCACGUUGCUCGUCCUGCUCGCCUACUCGCGCAUCCUCGUCGCCGUCGUCGCCAGCGCGCCGCUCGUGUGGGCGCUGCUGCGACUGGUGAAGCGCGGCAGCGGUGUCGCCGUGGCGGUGCGCGGCGUGUUGGCGGUCCUCGCGCUGCUCUUCCUCCUCGCCUCGCUCCUCGUCCUCCUCCUCCCGCGAUUCAGCUUCCCAGACCCCCACGGCCACCGUGCUGCCUCCACCGCUCUCGCUAGCGCCGCGUCCUCGUUACAGGCCGUCACGGAUACUGCAGCAGCAGCGGUACUCACGGAUGGCGUGGCGGCUGUGGCUGCCACCACUGCCGGCGCGGGCACUGCGUCCGUCAUGCCUUUCUCUUCAGCCCCCUCGUUCAACGAGUCCGCACAUCUCACCGCCCCCUUUAUCAACUCUCCCAUAAGGUCCCAUCCAUUCCUCAACCCCUCCUCCUCUCCCGCGUCCUUCCUCGCGUCCCCCUUCCUCCCCUUUCCCCUCCUCUCCUUUCCGCCAUCAGCGCACCACGACCCGCUCUCCUCUUCCUCCGCGUCGCCGCCCCUCGUCUCUCUGCGCGCCAACCACUUCAUCGUGCAGUACUCCCUCCUCUUCGCCCUCCUCGCCCUCGCCAUGCUCCUCCUCUCCUUCUCCUGCAAACUCACGCCCCUCGCCCUCUCCCUUCUGCGCCGCACCGCCGCCCUGCUCCUCUCUCACGCCCAGCCCGUCGUCCUCUUCUUCCUGCUCCUGCUGCUCUUCCAGGUCCUCGUUAUAGCGCCAUUCGCUGCAAUCAUCAGGAGGGUGAGUAUCCUGUGUUCCGGUUUAGUGGAUGGCGCCUCCCAGGCCACCCCAGUGGUAGGGGUCAUGGCUGACUUCAUGGCAAGACGCAUCGCCUCUCUUACCGCUCUCACCAGUCCUCACGCUGCUGCUACCGGUGUUGGCAACAUGGCUGCGGCAGCAGCAGCGGCCACAGGGGGAGGGGAGGGCGAGAUGCCUGCCGUGUGUGAGGCAUGGCUGUUCUUUCUCGUCCGGCAACUGGCCAACCCGCCUCUUCUGUUGCUCUCGCUGCUGCUGGGCCUGUGGGCGUUCCUUGUGCUUGCGACUGUCGUGCCACUCCUCGUUGCUGCGCUCGUGGGCCACGGCCUUACCAGGGACGAGGGGGACGAGAGGGACAACAGGAGGCUUGGGAAACUCAUCGAGGAAGGUGGUGCUGCUGUUGGGGGUGGUGCUUCGGCUGCUCGCCUUGCUCUUGCCUUGGCGCCCUCUGCUUCUGCUGCUGGUGCCGGUGGUGCCCCUGCCCGCACAGCCAUAGUGGUAGGGAGGGGUGUCCCAGCAGCAGCAGCUGAUCCCAGCCUUGCUGCGGGGGCGUCUUGGCCGCCCGCAUCGCGCCCCUCAAACAUCGCGUGGUUCGAGCCCUCCCAUCUGUCUCUGCUCGUGCGAGCUCUCGGUGUCGCCCUCACGCGCUCCCUGGGCACGGCAGCGGCAGUGGCGCUGCUGCUGAUGCUGUCGUACGUGCUGUGCACGGCGCUCAACAUGUGGCUGUCCCUCUACGUGUACGCGUCGCUGGAGGUGCCUGGGCUUCUCACGGGCAUGGCUGCUGUGCUGGUCACCGUGGCGCAGGUGGUGGUGGCCGUGCUGCUCACGUGGUUCGUGGUGCCAGUGGCGGCCAUCACAGGCAAGGGCGUCCUCGCAUCUCUCGCCAUCGCCCUGCGCCUGCUGCCUGCACACCUGCUGCCGUCGCUCGCCCUCCUCCUCUCCGUGCGCCUCCUGGUCCUGGCCCUGGAUGUCCUUGGCAUCGCACUGCUCUCGUUCCUCGUGGAGACAUUCCUGUCUCCAUCCCCCUUGUCUGUCUCACCAUCCUGGCUCAUUACCGCCUCGCUCACUCGCCUCUUCAUCUCCUCCACCGUCUCCACGGCUCUCAACACCUUCGCUCUCUCCCUCCUCACUGCUGCCCCUGCUCUGUACGUCUACCUCGCCCUCGCCAAGAGGAUUGAUACAAGGAGUGGGGUGGUGCUGGAGGUGCAAGAGGAAGAGGGAGAUGGAGUGGGUGGGGUAUGAGUGUCCAGACGAGAGCAACAUAGGGUAGGUAAGAGUUGUACAUAGUGACUGAGCCUCAGGUCUGGAAACAUAUCAAAUGGUAAACGUCCAGUCCAGUACCAUACUCAUGCGUGUGAUUGCAUUUGAACACUACUCCGGGUAAGGUAGAUUCCGGUAGGCACGUGUGUACAAUAUGUAAAAUUGAGAAAGCUUGUUUUCUUGUCC